AUGGAAUGGGUCCAGCGUCAAUUGAGUGUCGCGCAGUUCGCGCCGGCAAACCCCGGCAUUUGCGCCGAGAUGGUUAACCAGAUCUCAAGCAAAUUGCAGUUCUGUUAUGACUUGAGACCAAAGUCAAUCCUAGCGUCAUGCGCCCAGAACCAGACCAAUCAAGCUUGUUCAGGGGCCUACAGAGUAACCUGA